CGCGCAGCUUGCGGCAUGCCAUGCGCCAAGCUCUCUGCGCCAAGCUGCAAAGCUCGCGGGGGCGGGUGUUGGUUGUGUUCGUGAAAGUGUCCAUGAACAUACCUAGCAAUGCGUUUUAGCGUAAUUAAAAAAAAAUGUAAAUGCAAACGACUUUCGAUCAAAUAAAUAAUUGAACAUCUACAUCUGAGAAUUCCGUAUUUCGAUUUAAUUCUGUAAUUCUUCGUUGAUUGUCAAUGUCACGACGUCCUGAAACUUUCACCUGAACAAGCAGGUUAUGACACCGUUUUAAAGUAAGGUUCGUCUGUCGCUUUCUUCGCUGCCAGGAAUUUCUCCGAGCUCUCGCAGUCGUCAGAGAAGGGAAUGAAGUUUCGAUUCUUUCUUUCAGUUUGUGUAGUAGUUUAUUGAAAUGUUUCGUUGGAGAACUGCAGGUGUCGUUUUUGUGCGUCAAUUCAGUGUUUUAUCUUCUCGAGAAGGAUGCCCAGCAAUAGGAUCUUAUACAUUUCAACGCAGAAAGAAUGGGGAUUAUGCUGUUACGGAAAAACGUUAUUAUAGUACUAAACUUGCCCACAAUCAAAAGCCUGAUUGGAACAAGGCGGUAUCCGAAGCCGAGAAAAUUGUUGGAUAUCCAACAUCAUUUUUAAGUUUGAGAUGGUUAUUGAGCGAUGAAAUUGCAAAUGUUGCUCUUCAUUUGCGCAAAUUAGUAGGAUCUAAUCAUCCGUUGUUAAAGACUGCCAAGAGCUUACUCUAUAAUGGUCGAAACAAUAUGCAAGCAUGGGGUCUCAUUGUCCUUCUCAUUUCAAAAGCUGCAGGACACAACAAUGUUCAAGAGAUGGAAGAAGACAAAGCUGCAGGUGUUUUACACAGCCAGCGUGCUCUUGCUGAAGUGACUGAAAUGAUUAGAACAAGUCAUUUAGUUCAUAAAGGACUUGUUAAUAUAUAUCCAGGAAUGUAUGCUGAGCAAGUAGAAUUGAAUGACUUAACAUUUGGCAAUAAAAUUGCACUUUUGAGUGGAGAUUACUUGCUGGCAAAUUCAUGUGUGGAAUUAGCGUCCUUACAAAAUCAAGAUUUAGUGGAAUUGAUGAGCAGUGCUGUUCGUGACCUGUCAGAAGGAGAGUUUUUGGGUCGAAGGGACCAACAAAACAACCCUUUACCUUCUCCAGAUGAAGUGAAAGAUGCCAAGGCGGAUUGGACACGGCGUAAUGUGCUCUCUGCUGGGAGUUUAUUGGGCAAAUCUUGCCAAGGGACUCUCAAGUUAGCAGGACAUUCGAGAGAGCUCCAGGAAAAGGGUUACCUGUUUGGAAAACAUCUUGCGCUUGCUUGGCAGGCCUGCUUGGAUUUGGAGCCUUUCCGUACAUCAUCGCAGUACACACCUGGCUCAGCAUUCAAUCUGACUUCUGCUCCUGUUUUGUUUCACCUUCAACAUGAUCACUCUUUGUUUGAGGAAAUUGAGAAAGGAAUUGAUUCAGUGGAAAAUGUUGAUUAUGAGAAAAUACACAGCACUGUCAUGGAUGGUCCUGGUUUUGAGCUUACCAAGAAUCUUCAGAAGGAACAUUCGCAGCAGGCAAUGGAAGUCCUUUCCGUCUUUCAGGAGAGUGAUGCCCAGACUGCCCUAAGAAAUAUUAUUGUGGCAAUGGGUGAUCUCUGAACAUGCUUGUACGAUAAAAUAUAAACAAAGGUGAUUGGUCUGUAAUUCAAAAUUAAUUUUGAUCUUUCUUUCGAAAAUAUUUUGUUUGAUUUUAUAUACAGAAUAAUGGAAUUUAUAGAAUUCCUGUUAUAAAUGUUUUAUUAAAAGUUUUAUUAUUAUAAUGUAUCUUCCAUGAACUAACCUAAUGUUUUGUAAUUAAUAACAUUAUUUCGACAUUCUUUUUCAAUGAUGAAAGUCUACAAAAUAGAAAAUUCAAAACUUAAAAUGUGACUGGGCCCUGGUGAAGUGGAUAAUUCAGUAUUAUUGUGCUGGAAUAACAUUGCUCAUGUUUCAUUGUCUCAAAUAUCAAUGAACAAAUGAGGAGGUAUUGUGUGACCUUUGUAUAUCCAAGCUUGCAACUCAGUAUUAUGAGAAUAUAAAUGACACUAAAUACAAUAUAAAUGUAUUAGAAGUAGAUGCUUGUUUUUAAAUAAGUUAUAGUUCUGAAUAAGAUUUGUGUAAUAUUAUUUUGCACAGAUUUCUUUUUCAUAUUUUUUUCUUCUACAAAUUGUUUUUGUUUGUGUGAUUUGUGGAAUGUUUCUAUCAUUUAUUAAUUUAAAAAAAAAAAAUUUUUCUAUCUUUUGGGAGAAUUGCCAAUUGUGAACACUGCAAGGACCUGAUUUUCUUAAGAGUAAAAAAAUUACGAAACAAAAAAUUUUGCUGGUUUCUUCAAAUCAGUUAAGCUGUCUUAUUUCUGUAUGUCGAUUUAGAGAUCUAAUUAGAUCAGUGUUGAUCAAUGGCAUAACUAGUGUAAGGUACAUGUCAUGGAUAGAAGCAACAAGAGGGGGGACUUUUAGAAUUCUACAUUUUUGCGGAAAAAGUGAAAUGAUAAUUCUUAUAAACCAAGCAUGCAGAAGAACAGAUUGAAUUCGAUUUUUUUAAUGUUUCCAACCUAAGUUUUUCUAUUGUUACAUUGCGCACAGGUUUUAUUUAUGCUUUUGAAAUGAACAGGAACUAAUAUUAACAGAUAUCGUACAAGGAAACUCUUAUUUCUUUGCUUAUUUUCUAAUUUUUUUUAUUGUAUCCAUAGUAUAAUAGAAAUGUGAAUUAUUUAUUCAAAAUUUGCUAAUGGAUUGGAUACGAUUUCAAGUAAUGGACAUUUGUUAUACUAUUUGCUUGUAAAUUAAAAUUGUGAUAAUUUAACAUUAGUAAGAAUUUAAAGUAAUUGUAAUUUAGUAAAAUAUGUUUUUUCUGUUUUCUCAAAUUGGUGGCAAAUUGGAUAUGGGUGCAAAUUUUACAAAUACCUUGUGUGUCAGUUUACCUAGAUAUGCCAAAUUCCUUACUCAAACAUUACAUAAACAUUUUAUUUCAAUAAAUAAAUUGACAAGCAUUAUUAUUUAUUUUAAAGUUAAUCGUUGCAAUGUUUUGUAUAUCUUGAUCAGGAUAUACAGUAAAAUAAUUAUAUUAAAUGUAAUUUUCGUUGAUUACAAUUAUAUAUAAUUCUGUUAUGAGAGGAUUUUUUUUUUUUUUGUAUUAUUUAUAAAAUUUUGACCCUGAGAUGAAUUCAAAUGGCGAUGGUUAUUAACGUGGUCUAAAUUGUUUUGAUUAAUAUGAUUAAUAAUAAUCUGAAUUAUUUAAUUUUGAAUAAUAAGGUUCUUAGACAGAGAUUCCACUUAUAAGGCCCUUCGUAUUGAAAUAAAAUACUUCACUAUUGAUAUUAUAUAUUUAAAAAAAACAUAAGAUCUCGUAACGUGCAGAUAUUAUUUAUCUAUGUGCAAUUUAUGGUUACUUAUAUCUUUUAUCAUAAUGUAGUAUUAUGAACCUAUAUAUCUGUGAGUCGGAGGUAUAGGACACUAGGUCAAUUUUUGGCCGAAUUGAGAUUUGGCACAAUCAUAUAGGUUUCGGUCCUCUAUCCAGAACUAUACAACACUGUCCUACAUCAAGAAUUGACAGUUACAGUGCUUUUAAAUAACAAGUCCAUAGUAAAACAUUUUCAAACUGCUUUCCUGUAAAUUUGAGUAAAUAUGACCUGUAUCUCCAAACCACAGAUCUAUAUAUGUGCAGAGAGAGAGAGAGAGAUAAAGAAGAGAGACAAUAUUAUAUUGUAGUUGUUCAUUAUAAUAUCAUAUAAUAUUUUUUUAAAAAUAUAUAUUGUUUUUGAAGA